GGUUUACGGCGUUUCCUGUGUGAAAGGCACGUUGCUUUCCGGCCUCCCUUCUGAUGCCCUUGUAGCCAUGCAUGAGAUGAGCAAGGAAAGUAAGCAGCGUUUGCAGCAGCUGUUCAAAUGCGGCCAGUUCACCAUCCGCUGGGGAUUUAUCCCCAUGGUCCUUUACUUAGGAUUUAAAAGAGGAGCUGAUCCUGGAAUGCCACAGCCUAAUUUACUUAGUUUGCUUUGGGGCUAAAGAAAGCUACACAACAAGAAUUCUCAACUUCAAAUAUAAAGAAGAUCAGCGAUAAAAGAAUAAGAGUAUUGAAAUUUAAGAGAACGGCAUGACGUUUUUCAACAUAGCGUAAAAUGGACCAACACAGACAUUUAUUUAGUAUGAUGUCCGUAGAAACAAAACCACUGUCAAUUCACCACCUCUUUAACAUAUUCAAAGGAUGACUGUGUUUUCUAUUGAAACAUAAAAUGUUAUUUAUUUGCAGUGCUUAAAUUGAUUUUGUUUAAAUAACAUUUUUUUUAUAUAAAUGUUUAACUUACAUAUGUUUAUCCUAUCCUGAAAUGUCGUUUAUCUUGAAUGUAUGGUCUGUUUAAAACAGGAAACAAAACAAAUAUAAUUGUUUGUUCAUUCUUA